AUGGAAGUAGAUAAAUACACGUUAUUCGUCCAGAAUCUUCAGGAGGUAGUAGGUGAUGAUGAACUUCGAAAUCUUUUAAAGAAACCAAAUUCAUCAGUAUCUGUGUAUUGGGGUACUGCAACAACUGGUAGACCUCAUAUAGCAUACUUUGUUCCAAUUAUUAAGUUGGCUGAUAUGCUGAAAACCGGUGCAAAAGUCACUGUACUCUUUGCUGACUUACACGCAUAUCUAGAUAACAUGAAGGCCCCAUGGUAUUUGCUUUGUCUUCGUACAAAGUAUUAUGAAGCUGUUAUAAAAGGAAUGUUCCGUUCAAUUUGUGUCCCAUUGGACCGGCUGCAUUUUAUACGUGGAGCUGAUUACCAGUUAACUGAAGAAUAUUCUAUGGAUGUAUAUCGUUUAAUGGCUUUAACAUCAGUUCAUGAUGCACGUAAAGCUGGUGCAGAAGUUGUUAAACAAGUUAAUAAUCCACUUGUAUCUGGAUUAUUAUAUCCUUUAUUACAAGCAUUGGAUGAAGUACAUUUGAAUGUUGAUAUUCAAUUCGGUGGUGUAGAUCAACGGAAAAUAUUUAUGUUAGCUGAAAAGUAUUUACCUCAUCUUGGUCAUAAGAAAAGAAUACAUUUAAUGAAUCCAAUGGUUCCAGGAUUGACAGGGGGAAAGAUGUCCUCUUCGGAAAUCGAUUCAAAAAUUGAUCUACUUGACCCACCGGAGUUUGUUGCCAGUAAAUUAGCAUCAUCUGUUUGUCCACCGAAUAUGACAGCUGAACAAGGCAAUGGAGUUUUGGCAUUUUUAAAAUAUGUUAUAUUUCCUUUAGUACCAAUGAGAACAGGAUUAUCAAUUCCUCGAACUCCGAAACCUUAUUUUAAUUAUACUGACGUAGAGAAAGAUUAUCUUAUGAAUAAAAUUCCAUCGGAUUCAUUAAGAAAUGUUGUUACAGAAUGUUUAAAUGGAUUGUUGGUGACUAUUCAAAAUGAUUUUAAAGAUCCUAAACUUCAAGAACUUGUACGUAACGCAUAUCCUACGGUAGAUGGAAUUAGUUCAGCGAAUGCCAACCUUGAAGAAGUUCCAACUAUGUUUACAAAUGAAAAAUCUACUAUUCUACAAGAAAUAGAUAACAGAGUCAAUGACAUGCCAACAAUUACUGAUCAUUCAAAUUUAUUGGAUUCAUUUGAAAAAGAAUUUGUGGGAUGUACAUCACUUCUGGAGAAACGUCUUAAUCAAACUAAUCGCCUACGAUGUUUAUGGUCAGUUACACCGAUUGGUUUACCACAUCUUGGCCAUUCAAUCCCGAUGAGAUCACUUGCUCGUUUAUCACGAUUAGAUGGUGUUUAUGUCAUUGUAUUAAUUAACAAUAUCUCAGCUCAUUUACGUGGUUCCAUUCCAUGGGAUGUGAUUAAACAACGUGGUGAAUUUUGUCGUGUAAUUUUAACUGGCUUAUUCACUGCUCUUGGUGGUAACCUGAAUCAAUUUAGCUGUAUACUUGGUAGCGAUUUUCAAUUACAUUCGGGAUAUAUGUUAAAUUUCUAUCGUUUAGUGAGCUUAGUUCCAGAAACAGAUUGUUUAAUAUCAAAUUUAAUUGAUACUAUACAAUUAUCUGCAGAUAUUCGUUUGGCUAGUAUACAACAAAUACAAAAACGUCAAAUUUUCCAAUCUAAAUUCCUACGUCAUUUUCCUAAUUCUUUUGAAACUAUCCAUCUUACACAUCCAAUACUCAUUAGUCUUCAAGCUCCAACUAAUCAAAUUGGUGAAUUAUCAUCAUUUCCUCCAAUGAAAUCAUGUCCUUUAUCAUCUCGCUGUACAGGUCCAGCAUCGGCUAAAACACUAGCAGCAUUACUUGAAGAUAAUUAUCUACCUUUAAUUGAACCAUCUUUACCUGGAUCCUUAGAAAAAUCCCCACUGUCUGGUUUAAAACGUCGAAUUAAACGUGCAUUUUGUCAACCGAAUAAUGUUGAUAUAAAUCCUAUAUUGGAUAUAUGCCGUUGGGUAUUAAUUCCAGAUUUGUCGCCUGGAGAACCUUUUAUUAUUCCACGUUCAGAGAAAAAUGGUGGUCCAUUACAUAUUAAAUCUCAAUCAUCUACACUUAAUGAAUGGGAUUUAUUAAAACAAUACUUUUCUAAUGGUACAUUACAUCCAGCUGAUUUAAAACCAACUGUUGAAUAUUUAUUAUCAAUACAAAAUACUGAUAGUUUAGCUAAUCGACUUAAACAAUCAUUACCAGAUUGGAAUGAAUUAAUGGUAUUAUUAAAUGAAGCAUUUCCUUUAAGUAAAUCUCAAAAUAAUAAAAUAAAUAAUAAAUUAUCAAAAAAUCAUUCAAUGUUAAACAAUACUGAACAUAAGCCAAAUCUUGAUAAUCAUCACCAUCAGCAACAACAACAACAACAGCAGCAGAUCAUAUCUCCUGUAGGUUCUUGUAAACCAGAAGAAAUUGCCCCAAAAUUAAGCGGCAGUAAAUUGUCAUCAACAUCAUUACCAGUGAAUUCAACUGAUGAACUCAAUCCAAAUCGUUUGGACAUCCGAGUUGGUUUAAUCUUAUCAGUUAAAAUACAUCCAAAUGCUGAUAGUUUAUUUAUUGAAGAAGUGGAUUUCGGUUCAAGUAUUGGUAAACGUACAGUGAUUAGUGGAUUAGUUGGUCUUUAUCCUAUGGAAAAAUUACUCAAUUGUUAUGGUGUAUUUGUGAUUAAUUUAAAACCAGUGAAAAUUCGUGGAAUUGAAUCUCAGGCUAUGUUACUUUGUGCUUCAUAUACUGAGAAGAGUUCAUCACUUUUAAAAGUACAACCAAUUCAUUUAUCAAAUAAACAAAAUCCUAUAUUAGGUGAACGUUUUGUCUUUCAUUCAUUAGUUGAUAAUUCUAAAUCAUCAUUAUCAUUAUCAUUUAGAGAACCAGAUAAAUUAUUAUCAUCUAAAACAAAAUUAUGGGAACAAUUAUGUCCAGAUUUAUCAACAUCUAUUAAUCAAUAUAUUCAAUGGCGUGAUUGGAGAUUAGGUUCAAUAUGUGGUAAUAAAUGGAUUAUUGUAUCAGAUGAUGUUCCACCUGGUUCAACUGUACGUUAA